ACGAAACAUGCAGCGAUAAAAAACCUUCCAGAGGCGACAUGUUGAUUUUUUGUAGGUUCCGAGCCGAUACGGAUCGCUGUCAUUGCAACAAAAUGUCUUUGUAGAUAUCAGGGUGUAGGUCAUUUAAGUAAUUGUAGUUUAAUUAUCCAUUCCGUGCUGAAUAACAUAUGUGAAACGAAUUCUAAAGUGAAAGAAGAGGAUUUGCUCCACCCGAGGCAAGGGUUUCAGGUAGAGAUGCAUGCGCCAGCGGGUGAGGGCUGCAGGUAAUAAGCGGCGGUGGUGAUGAAGCGGGCGCAGUGAGCGGCAGCACCACGGCUUCCUCCGGGGCGGGCGGCGCGCGGGGAGCUGAGUCUCCUUCGCAGGCCAAUCAGGACACUGUCGACAACGCCACUCCCACUUGCUGCACAAGGGACCCGGAGCUCAACUCUGGGUGGACCGCGUGGUCGGCCAUGGGGUGCUUCGGGUCUCCGGGCGGCAAGAGCGGCGGCGAGGGCGACGACCUCAAGUCGCAGAAGCGGCGCAGUGAUGCCAUCACGCGGCAACUGCAGAAAGAUAAGCAGUUAUACCGCGCGACGCACCGUCUCCUGCUUCUCGGGGCGGGCGAGUCGGGCAAGUCCACCAUCGUGAAGCAGAUGCGCAUCCUGCACGUCAACGGCUUCUCGGACAAGGAGAGACGGGAGAAGAUCGAGGAUAUCAAGAAGAAUAUCAGGGAUGCUAUACUUACAAUAACGGGUGCUAUGAGCACGCUGACGCCGCCCAUCCCGCUCGAGAAGCCAGAGAACAAGGCGCGCGUCGACUACAUACAGGACGUGGCGUCGCAACCGGACUUCGACUAUCCGGCGGAGUUCUACGCGCACACGGAGGCGCUGUGGCGCGACGCCGGCGUGCAGCGAGCGUACGAGCGCAGCAACGAGUACCAGCUCAUAGACUGCGCCAAGUAUUUCCUGGACCAAGUGCACAACAUAAAGCAGCCGAACUAUACGCCGAGCGAGCAGGACAUCCUGCGCUGCCGAGUCCUUACUUCGGGCAUCUUCGAGACGCAGUUCGUCGUCGAUAAAGUCAAUUUCCACAUGUUCGACGUGGGCGGGCAGCGCGACGAGCGGCGCAAGUGGAUCCAGUGCUUCAACGACGUGACCGCCAUCAUCUUCGUGACGGCGUGCUCGUCCUACAACAUGGUGCUGCGCGAGGACCCCACGCAGAACCGGCUCCGGGAGUCGCUGGACCUGUUCAAGAGCAUCUGGAAUAACAGAUGGCUGCGCACGAUCUCCGUGAUCCUGUUCCUGAACAAGCAGGACCUGCUCGCGGAGAAGGUGCUGGCGGGCAAGUCCCGUCUCGAGGAGUACUUCGCGGAGUUCGCGCGCUACCAGACGCCGCCGGACGCCGCGCCCGAGUGUCGCGAGCCGCCGGACGUGGCGCGCGCCAAGUACUUCAUCCGGGACGAGUUUCUGCGCAUCAGCACAGCGUCGGGCGACGGCAAGCACUACUGCUACCCGCACUUCACGUGCGCCGUCGACACCGAGAACAUUAAACGGGUGUUCAACGACUGUCGCGACAUCAUCCAGCGCAUGCAUCUGCGCCAGUACGAGCUGUUGUAAUG